GCAGUCGCAGUAAAGUUGGUAUGGAGAAGCAGUAUAAGUAGAAGAAGACCGGGUGAUUAUUUCAUUAGUUGUAACUGAAAGUGAACAGUAGUGUAGAGUUAUGUCGCGGUCAUCCGGCUUCUUGGUCCCGCUGAUUCUACUUGUACCAUUAUUCAGCUAUGGGGAAGCGGCGAGCAUACCAAAGAAGACUCUCGGACAAACCUGUGGCUACGAGGCAUGUCCUGCGACAGACCCAAAGAAACUAAAUAUCCAUCUAGUUGCUCAUACCCACGACGACGUCGGUUGGUUGAAAACAGUCGAUCAGUAUUACUUUGGAAGUCAGUCAAGGAUUCAACUAGCAGGAGUGCAAUAUAUUCUAGACAGUGUUAUACAAGCGUUAUUAGCUGACCCAAAGAGAAAAUUCAUUUACGUGGAAACUGCUUUCUUAUGGAAAUGGUGGCAGCAUCGAAGCAGCGACGUGAGAGAAAAUGUACAAAUGUUAAUCAACGAGGGCAGAUUAGAGAUCAUUAACGGUGCAUGGAGUAUGAACGAUGAGGCGGUUACUCACUAUCACUCUAUCGUGGAUCAAUAUACUUGGGGCUUCAGACGUUUGAGUGACACCUUUGGAAGUUGCGCAAGACCACGUAUAGGAUGGCAAAUAGAUCCUUUUGGCCAUUCCAGAGAGCACGCGUCUUUAUUAGCUCAAUUUGGAUUUGAUGGAAUGUUCUUAGGACGUCUCGAUUAUCAAGAUAAGAGGCAAAGGGAAAAAGACAAAACCAUGGAGUUUAUAUGGAAAGGAAGCCCAAAUUUAGGAUCACGCGCGAAUUUGUUCACGGGUGUAUUGUACAACACUUACAUGGCACCGCCUGGUUUCUGUUUCGAUGUUUUGUGUAACGAUGAUCCGAUAAUCGACGAUUCUGAGAGUCCGGAUUAUAACGUCAAGGAGAGGAUCGAUAAGUUUAUGCAAUACGCAGAGAAUCAAGCAAAAGUACUUCGUACAAAUAACAUUAUAUUAACGAUGGGUGGAGAUUUCACUUACCAACAAGCGGAAAUGUACUUUUUCAAUCUGGACAAAUUAAUAAGAUUCGUGAAGGAGGAAAGAGGUUCUGAUGUGAAUAUCUUUUAUUCGACGCCAUCGUGUUAUCUGAAAGCUCUACACGAUGCACAGCUUCGAUGGCCGACGAAAAGUGACGAUUUCUUCCCUUACGCGAGUGAUCCUCAUUCGUAUUGGACCGGUUAUUUCUCUUCAAGACCGACGCUCAAAUUCUUCGAACGAAUGGGAAACAAUCUUUUACAGAUAACCAAGCAGUUACACGUACUGGCCGGUUUAAAGGGAUUCGACAAACAAUUAGAGCUUUUCCGUGAAGCAAUGGGUGUAAUGCAACAUCACGAUGCUGUAACUGGAACAGAGAAACAGCUAGUUGCAGACGAUUACGCGCGCAUAUUACAUGAGAGUAUGCAGCAAGGAUUAGAUAUUGUUGCUAAUGCUAUGAGCACCUGGAAAACAAAUGGACAACCAGGACUGAUAAGUAGUCUGAAUUCUUGCUUGCAACUGAAUAUCAGCGUAUGUCCAAAUACCGAAGAUGAAAAUUUCAUUCUCACAAUUUACAAUCCACUAAGUCACAAAAUUUGGACACCUAUUCGCGUUCCUGUGCAAUACGACGGGUAUACAACUGUAGACCUUGUAGAUGGUACCGAAAUUGUUUCUCAAAUAGUUCCAAUUCCUAAUUCCGUUCUUGAAAUACCGGGAAGGGAAAGUAAAGCCACAGGCGAACUCGUGUUUUUGGCAGCGAUACCGGCUCUAGGUUUCAAAUCUUAUAAAAUUACACGGAAGUCGAGUAUACAAGAUGAUGGGUUAUCUGACACAUCUUUCAUUGGUAACGAGUUUUACAACGUGUCAGUCAACGACCAGGGUCAAAUAGUUUUAGACUGGAAGAAACAAAAAAAUAUGAGUUUAACUCAAUCGUUCCACUAUUACGAAGGAAUGGAGGGUAAUAAUGAGAUAGCUCAAAACAGGUCGUCAGGGGCAUAUAUUUUCAGACCAAAAGGCAUAUCCUCGAAAAAUUUCGUCGAACCUACGUCCUUCAAAGUUUACAAAGGUCCGGUGGUACAAGAAAUUCAUCAGGUGAUAGACGAUUAUGUGAGUCAGGUAAUUCGAGUUUACACAGGGAAAGAAUACGUUGAAUUCAAUUGGCUCGUUGGACCCAUACCUGUUGAGGAUAAGAUUGGAAAAGAAAUAAUAACCAAGUACACUAGCAACUUAAAUUCUUCCGGAGAAUUUUAUACCGAUGCCAAUGGUCGUGAAAUGUUAAAACGGAAGAGGAACAACCGUUCGACUUGGGACUUGGAAUUGGAGGAAGAAAUAUCCGGCAACUAUUACCCGGUCACUUCGAAGAUCUCUUUGAGGGAUAAAGCUAAAUUUUUAAAACUCAGUGUACUAACAGAUCGAGCAGAAGGUGGAACCAGUAUGGAAGAUGGAGAAAUUGAACUGAUGCUUCACAGAAGACUUCUAAGGGACGACGCGUUUGGAGUAGGCGAAGCACUUAACGAAUCCGCAUAUGGCGAAGGUUUAGUGGUCAGAGGAUCGCAUUACGUACUUGGAGAUAGUAUACCAAAUUUGGAUGAUCUUGCAGUGAAGGAAAAAGCUUUGGCUCUUCAACUACUUCUUCGUCCUUGGCUUCUUAUAACUCCCCUGCCAUCGGGUGAUUCCAUUGCCGAGGACUCUCCAAUUCUUCCACAACGUUCCGGUCUGACUAAAAUUCUACCACCAAACGUUCACAUUCUAACCUUGGAACCGUGGAUAGAUGAUAAGGUGUUAUUACGAUUAGAACACAUUUUCGAAUUGGGUGAAACGGAGAGCUUCUCGAAACCUGUGGAAAUUAAUAUAGCGGAUCUAUUUUCAUCUUUCACCAUUCGGGCAAUCGAGGAAACUACGUUAGGAGGCAAUCAAUUGUUGAAAGAAUUGUAUCGUUUCAACUGGGUUCCUGAACCGAACAAUGUUCUUCAAACGGAAGAAACUCCUACUUCUUCCGUUACGAAUGUGGAAGGAGUUAUAAAUGUUGUUUUGAACCCAAUGCAAAUUCGAACCUUCAUCAUUACCAUUGAGCCAAAAUAAAUUUAGAAUUAAUGAAAUAUUUGUAAUUUUGUAUUUAUGUAGGUGUAUGUCAGUUGCAACGCACAAUUGAAAGCGUUCGAUUAAAGAAUCAAAUAAUUUUAUCUUUUAAGUACGUGUUAUGUAAUAAAGUAUCUAUUA